CUAUUUUCCCAGCGUUGAAGGCCCCUCCCUGACCUCACUGGAGGUGUUGGAAUGUCCAGACAGAAAUGGCCAGUGGUUUGGCCUCGUUUCCCAGAAUGCCUUGUUUUCCAGAAACUGCGCGUUCCUGAAGAGCCAGCUGCUCCAGGCCCGUGGGGGGCCCCGGUAGUUGAAGUGUCUUGGAAUGUUCUGGACCGGUGGCCCUCACCAAGCAGGGCCUCCACUGUGGCUGGAGCACGUUUCUUCCUGAAGGGCCUGGGUUUGUUCCAAACAAUCGCAAAGCUCUCUGCUAUGGCCUGGGAAAGCAGUAGAAGAUGGCCCAGGUCCUUGGGCCCCUGCACUCAUGUGGGGGACCUGGAAGAAGCUCCUGGCUCCGGAUCGAUGCAGCUCUGACCAUUGCGGCCAUCUGGGGAAUGAACCAGCAGAUGGAAGACCUCUCUAUGCAACUCUUUCAGCCGCCUGGCCCAUGGCGCACGUCUUCGUGUACGGCACCCUGAAGCGAGGCCAGCCCAAUCACAAGGUCAUGCUGGACGGCGCGCACGGCUCGGCAGCCUUCUGCGGCCAUGGCCACACGGCCGAGCCCUACCCUCUGGUGAUCGCCGGGGAACACAACGUGCCGCGGCUGCUCAACCUCCCAGGCAAGGGGCACCGCGUGGCGGGCGAGAUCUACGCCGUGGAUGAGCAGAUGCUGCGCUUCCUGGAUGACUUCGAGGACUGCCCGCGCAUGUACCAGCGCACGGUGCUGCGCGUGCAGGUGCUCCAGUGGGAGGGCCGCGAGGCAGCGGCCGCCCCCGCCAGCCUGCAGUGCUUCGUGUACAGCACGGCCACCUAUGCGCCCGAGUGGGUCGACCUGCCCUACCUGGACAGUUACGACUCUGAGGGGCAGCACGGGCUGCGCUACAACCCCAGGGAAAACAGAUGAGGGUGGGCAGCCGCUCCGCGGUCACCCGGCAGAGCCCUUCCCCCGGGGCCUGAUCUGGGGGCAGAGCCGCGCUCAGGGCACAGCUUGCUGCCCCCAGUGAACUGGGCGAGAACAAUACGGGAUCUUAAUUGCCUUAAGUGGCAGGUGGAGACUCACAGGGUAGCACACCUUUCUUCUAAUUCUUCUUUUCCUUUCAUCUGAAGCUAACAUUGAAAAUGAAGGUGAAGACUGUGUGUGGCCGCUCCACUGUACUGAUUCUGGUCUGUGGUGCCAGGAAAAAACUGUUGAGAGAAGAGCUGGGUUUUGGGGGAUUCAUCAGAAUAAAGCCUUUCAUGGGGCCCUGCAUGGCAGUCUGUAUGGCAGCACGCCACAGAGCUCUCACAUCAGGCUCAGAGUGUCAGAGAGGCUCAUCUGAAAGUAAACGGUGUUGGUGCUGAUGCUGCAGCAGGCAUUUGAUGCCCAAGUGAAGACAGCUCCUUCCGGAUCAGAGGGCCUGGGUGUGAGUCCUGGUUCCUCUCCCAACUCCAGCUUCCUGCGAAUGUGCCCCCGGGAGGCAGCAAGUGAUGGCUCAAGGAUUUAGGGCCUUGCAACCCACACGGGGGACCCAGAUUGAGUUCCAGGCUCCUGUGUUUGCCUUGGCAUGUUCCCCCAUCUCACCCCUCCCCCAGUGCUGUUGACAUCUAGGAAGUAAAGCGGCUGAUGGAAGAUCUGUCUGUCUCUGACACAACCUCUCAAAUAAAUUUAACUUUAA